CUGAAUGCUGAUUGGUUCUCGCGGUUACGUCACACCAAAUGCCGGAAGUUAACAAGGAGUCAACAUGGGGUCUCGUUUGAAGGUCCUAGAAGUGUUUAAAAGGCUCCACAGAACAAGGAUGACGGUAUUCAAGGAUGAUAACAGAGCGCUGACAGCUGCAAGAUUAAAAAUCAACGAGGAGUUCCGAAAAAACAAACAUGAAACGUCAGAAGAAAACAUUCAGCAGAUGAUCAAAAUGGGCUCAGAUGUAGAAACCAUUCUUCGGCAGAAUGUGCUACAAUUGGAACACGUAGGAGAAAACAAACUCUUGCUUCGACCCAGAGAGAGUCUACUACUAGAAAACGUACCCUAUUGUGACCAACCCAGGAAAUAGCCAUGAUACACCAUCUCAUUUUAUCCUGUUCAUCAGGAAAACUCAUACAUAUGAUUUGAUCAACCAUCAUACUGCGAUUUAAAGCAUUCAUUAACACAGCACAGAUGUUUCAGAUGCAAAAAAGCUUCAAUAAAUCUGAGCUGUAAACUUCAUGCUGUAAUUUCCUGUACAUUAUUUUUUGUUGACAUGUUCUGUAAUAAUUAAUGCAAUUUGUUUUCUGUCUACAUUUUGAGUCAUACUUGAUUCAACCUAAGGAAUCGCAAUAUUUCACUUAUGAAAUAAAUAUUUUUGAUUCACAGAGAGUAUUCUUUGAAAGUCCCAUACUGAAUCUGCUGUCAAGCUCACUGAUCAUAUUCUAAUAGCUUGAUAUGUUGCAUUUGCCCAUGAGUGUGAAAUGUAUCAAUAAUAAAGUUGUGACUCUUCACAGGUUAAA